AUGGGAAGGUUGUUGGACAACGAGUUUGGUAACGUUUACACCCAGGAGGAUAACACGAGGGUUUACUUUUUUGAAUUGGAUGACCUAGCUGGCCAUUGGCCGUCGUUGUGGGGGUUCGGUGAAUGGGGUUCUUUCGGGAUUCUACCUAGUACGACGGCAUCUUUGAGGAAUCUACCAGCCGUCGAUUCAGUUGGACGGAAAUUAAAAACGGUCAACACGGAGCACGAUGCCUCCGGCCGGUCUCACCGUUUCUCCUCCAUGUCCCAUCGAACGAUAGUUCAGACCUUUCCAACAAUGCCAUGCAGGUUUAUGUCGGAAUCUAGAUGGAGAAGGAGCUGUAGAUGGAUCAUGGCUCCUCGUGUUGAAGGUCAUCCAGACCGAUAUUCAACAAUCCGAUAG